AUGAACAUGUAUGAAGACGACGGAAUAUUGCGGCCGUUUAGCCGUCAGCCAUGGAUAGCUCGACCACCUACUCCAUUCGGUAAUGAAUACUGCUGGGGACCAAGUCUCCACCUCGCGCAUGGAGGAGCCUUCCCGAUGUCUCGGCGAUUAGCCUGGAGUUCUAGACCGUUGAUCGAUUCUAUACCUCACAGGGCUGAUUGGUUGGCAUCAGUCCCAGCGCUUUUGAAGACUUUCUCGAGAACUGAGAAGACAGGAAGAGACUUCCAGGCUCAUCCUCGUGUCGAAGAGAGUCAUCGUGAGAAUAACUUCGAUGAACCGAUGGAGCUCGGUGGAGUACGAACUGCUGCAUAUGACCUGUAUGGCGUUGCCGGGGCAAACAACACAUGGUCUCUCGACGAGAUAGAGACAAUACAACCAGACUCUGGUUACACGGGGAUUGCUCGGAAGUCCAUAAGUGGAAAUCCAAUUACAUUUUGGUCCCGAGAAAUCAUCUGCAAACCCCACAGUGGUCGUGAGAAAAUGAUGGAGAAUUGGAGAGCGCCGAGAAGAAAACCUCGAAAGUUGAGAUCGCCAUAG